AUGUCUCGCAUCACAUCUCGUCUUGAUGCAGCUGAUAUUAUGGAGCUGAAAAAUCUGCUCAAGCAGGAGAAUGGCACCCGGAUGUUAGAAGAGCUGAGACGAAAUCUACUGGAGCUGUUGAAAACAAAGAUGGGCAAUGAAUCAGAAGAACUUACAUGUCAUCGAUACGUUGAUGACCAUCCUGAUCUCACCAAUGAACCGAUUGUGAUGGUUAUUUUUGCCAUAUUAUACAUACAUAUCUUCGUAUUAGGCAUCGUCGGAAACGUUGCAGUACUAUAUUUAACCCUAAAAAAUCGCCAUCUACAAUCUGUGCAGAAUAUUUUCAUUUUGAAUUUGGCCGCAAGCGAUGUACUGAUGUGCCUUACAUCAUUACCUAUUACACCAAUCACUAAUGUUUAUAAGACGUGGUUCUUUGCAUCACCCGUCUGCAAACUCAUCCCAUUGGCUCAGGGCGCAUCAAUAUUCGUCUCAACAUUCUCUCUAUCGGCUAUAGCACUUGACAGAUAUAACCUCGUCGUUCGACCGCAUCGACAUCCGCUGAACUCUCGCGGUGCUUCUGUCGUAGCUUUGCUACUUUGGAUCAUAUCUGCCCUGGUUUGUAUGCCAUAUGGAUGGUACAUGGAUGUGGUGCAAAUAAAUGGACUUUGUGGCGAGUUUUGCACGGAACGUUGGCCACUGCCAGAAGUACGCAAAGGCUAUGCAUUGAUGGUUUUGGUGAUGCAGUUCAUACUUCCGUUCGCUACGAUGGCUGUGUGCUACUACACCAUAUUCGCACGACUGAGGGAAAGAGCCGAAUCAAAGCUGAAGAAAUUGACUGAAAGGACGCAACUUCUUGAAAGUGCUACAGGAAGUUCAUCACCAUUGAGUAAAACAGAAAAUGGAGGUAAUUCAUGUAGCUAUGAAGAAAAGCAACGUCUUACAGUUCUAGCUUCACAACGUAGGACAACAACUAUUCUGGCGUCUAUGGUCCUUCUAUUUGGCUUCACAUGGCUACCUCAUAAUGUUUACACUCUAAUCAUCGAGUACGAUGAAGCGAUUUUUCAUGACGGCGAAAGCGAUAACACCUACAUUGUCUCAAUGAUAGCCCAUCUUAUCUCGAUGACAACCAAUGUGGCGAAUCCUAUACUUUACGCAUGGUUGAAUCCCUCAUUCAAGGAGAUGCUGCUCACUUCAAUCCGCGGGAAAGUGAGAGCUCCGACGAAAUCUGAUGGUGCAAAAAAUACAGUCAUCAGGGUCGCAAGAUCCGAUCCGACCCAGGAGAAGGCCUUUUGAAACAUUGCUCAACUGAUUUUGCAUUGGAUAUAUACUUUCAGUUAUUCGACAUUAUCAUUAUGACUAUUUCCAGCCUUUAUAUGUUCAUCCCUCAACCUUGUUUCAUUUUCUGCC